UCCUCCAGUGCCAAGAUGCUAGACGGUAUUAAAAUAGAAGAUCACAUAAGGACAGGACCAGCAAGUUUGGGAGUUAUGCUUGGUACCGAGUGCCACCAUCCAGCGAUUUGCGAGGGAUGUCAGCGGCCCAUCUCUGACCGGUUCCUCAUGCGCGUCAACGACUCGUCCUGGCACGAGGACUGUUUGCAAUGCGCGGUGUGUCAACAGACGCUGACCACGACCUGUUACUACCGAGACAGAAAACUAUACUGCAAACUGGACUACCAACAGUUAUUUGCCACCAAGUGCAGCGGCUGCAUGGAGAAGAUCGCUCCCACGGAGUUUGUGAUGCGGGCGCUGGAGAGCGUCUACCACCUGGGCUGCUUCUGCUGCUGCGUGUGCGAGCGCCAGCUCUGCAAGGGCGACGAGUUCGUGCUCAAGGAGGGACAGCUGCUCUGCAAGAGCGACUACGAGCGCGAGAAGGAGCUGCUCAACUCGGUCAGCCCCGAGAACUCCGACUCAGACAAAAGUGAGGAUGAAGACUUAGACGUGAAGCCAGAGAAGGGCACGGGAGGCCAGGGCAAGGGCAGUGACGACGGGAAAGACCCCCGCAGGCCCAAAAGACCGCGCACCAUCCUGACCACCCAGCAGAGACGGGCCUUCAAAGCCUCGUUUGAGGUCUCUUCCAAACCAUGCCGAAAGGUAAGAGAGACCCUGGCGGCAGAGACAGGCCUGAGUGUGCGAGUGGUCCAGGUGUGGUUCCAGAACCAAAGAGCUAAGAUGAAGAAGUUGGCACGCAGACAGCAGCAGCAGCAAGAACAGCAAAACUCCCAGAGACUGGGUCAAGAAGUGAUCUCUGGGCGUAUGGAGGGUCUGAUGAGCUCGUACACACCGCUGGGUCCUCCCCAGCAACAGCAGCUGGUGGCCAUGGAGCCCAACGGCUACAGCACGGACCCCUUCCAGCAAGGCCUCACCCCGCCGCAGAUGCCUGGAGAUCAUAUGAACCCAUAUGGGACCGACUCUGUGUUCCAUGACAUAGACAGCGACACGUCCCUCACCAGCCUGAGCGACUGCUUCCUGGCUGCCUCCGAGGCUGGCUCCCUGCAGUCCCGCGUGGGAAACCCCAUCGAUCGCCUCUACUCCAUGCAGAGUUCCUACUUUGCCUCCUGA